CCGCGCUGGAUGACUCUCUGCAAACAGCUGCAAACAUUCUCUCUCUCAAACGCGCUUUAAUGCCUCGGACACGACAGAGCCUCUCUGAAACGGGAAAAGGAUGAAGAUGAGCUCAAUCAAAUGUUUUUUUUUAAACUUAUUUUUGUGUGAAAUACUUUGGUUUAUUUACACUCUGAGGAUGUGAUGGGCAGCGUCAUCAGUAAAAACAAGAAGAGAGAGGGAGCAACUGCUCAGCGUCGAUUCAGUCAUGGACUCCUCUCAAACAUGGGGGUCCACAUUGCUCACAGGCUCGGACACUCGGCUGUAUUUUCUCAGCCCGAUGGACCGGACAGCAGACUGUCCAUCCCCAAGCUCCUGUUGCCCCCAGAGAACAGCGCUGAGACAUCAGACACAGAGAAAAAGACUCCUGCUCUCAUUUCUGUCUUUUUGCCUGAGUUCCCACACCGAACAUUUCCUGGACAAGAGCAUUUCCAGAUCCUGGGUUUCAUAGCCAAAGGGUCAUUUGGACCCAUCGUGAAAGUCAAGGAUGUUUUAAAAGAGAAGAUUUACGCUGUAAAGGUCUUACCAAAGUCAGAGAUCUUGAAGCGUGGAGCGCUGGAGCAGUCAAAAGAGGAAGUCAUCAUUCAGCGGCAGCUCAAACACCCAUUUAUCCACAAUCUGCAGGAGUGCUGGCAGACAAAGCGCCAUCUCUUCAUUAUGUGUGACUACUGCGACACUGGAGACUUGUACACUUACUGGUUACUGAAAGGCCAGUUUGGGGAAGAUGAGGUUCGGCUCUUUGCUGCAGAGCUGGGCAGCGCGCUGGGAUUUUUGCAUGACUUAGGGAUCAUGCAUAGAGAUGUAAAGAUGGAGAACAUCCUUUUGAGUGACAAGGGUCACCCUCGUUUGUCUGAUUUUGGACUGUCACGUCGGUUGACACGUGGAGGAAGAGCGUUUACAAUAUGUGGGACAAUCCAAUACAUGGCUCCUGAAGUGUUAAGUGGGGGUCCAUACAACCAUGCUGCUGACUGGUGGUCUCUUGGCAUUAUGUUGUUCUCACUGGUGACAGGGGAGUUCCCAGUACCUGCAGAGCCAGACCACAGCACCAUGUUGAGCAAAGUCAGACAAUUUUCCUACAUCCUGCCCCAGACCUUCAGCUCUGCUCUGAUCUUACUACUCACCGAGCUGCUGUGCAAGAAUCCAGUGAACCGCCUUCGUAACCUGGACUGUUAUAAAAUGCAAGCCUUCUUCCGCGGCACUUCGUUUGACUCUCAGAUCCUCCAAAAGACGCCUGUUGGAUUCAUCCUUGAGCUCAGGACCCAUCCCGAUUGGACAGCUAAAGCGACGAGAGGCCUUUCACUUGAAUAUUUUGAUAACUUUGACUGUGAUAAAAUCCUUCAUUCUCCCACAACUCCCUCUGAGCUGUCUCCUACUCUGGCCACCAUGGACCUGAACUAAGCUGCAAAGCAGAUGUAUAAAGCAUAUACAGGACUUUUUUUUUUUUGAGCCUGAAUACAGAAACUCUCAGAAAAUGUCUCUAAUGCACAUGUUACCUCUUGGACUUUAUUUUUUUAUUUUUGGAGUGUGUGAAAAUUCCCCUUUCCUCUGUAAGUAUCUGUAAAUAUUGACAGAUGUGUUAUCUACUGUGGUCCUAUAGCCAACUUUUGCACACAUACUUCUCCUUUUCUA